UGAUUUUGCAUUUCCAGGGGGAGAACUGUUAGUAAACAAAACAGUUCUCUCCCGUCAGCUCCUUCACACUGCUUUGCAUGGCUCUGCAUAGCAGAGCCAUACAAAGCUGUGUGCUUACAGUGAAGCACACAGACAUAGCUCCUAGUAAAAGCACACAGCACACAAUUAACCCUUUGAUCGCCUCAGAUGUUAACCCCUUCCUGCCCAGUGCCAUUAGUACAGUAUCUGUGCUUUUUAUUAGCACUGAUCACUGUAUUGGUGUCACUGGGGAUGUCAGUGACACCAAGUCAGUUCCCCCCAGUGUCAGAAUGUCUGCCGCAGUCCUGCUAUAA